CUUGGAAGCCCAUCCCUUGUGUUUCUUGGUUUAUGACUGUCGGCUUUGUGGAAUACGGCUGAGAUGAAAGGAUUUCUUGAGGAUGCAAAUUACUCCAUUGGUCUGUUGGAUGAAGGAGCAACUCUUGCAGAUGUUAUUGACAACUGCAUUUAUGAACAUACUCAUACUGGAAAAAAAGCAUUUUAUGUUGGUGAUCUUGGAAAGCUUGUAAGGAAUAACAUACAAUGGCAGAAUGUGAUGGCACCAAUAAAACCAUUUUAUCCUGUAAGAUGCAAUUCUACUCCAGGUGUACUCGAAAUUCUUGGAACCCUUGGUGUUGGAUUUGCAUGUUCCAGUAAAUCUGAAAUGGCAUUGGUACAAGACCUGGGCAUUUCUCCUGAAAACAUCAUAUACACAAAUCCUUGCAAGCAAGCUUCUCAGCUCAAGUAUGCAGCAAAAGCUGGGAUAAACAUCAUGACGUGUGACAGUGAGAUUGAGCUGAAGAAAAUUUCACGUAACCAUCCAAAUGCCAAGUGA